AGUCCUCGACCAUUCGACCAUCCAGCCUUCUCCAAGGUGAUGACUCCUGUCUCCUGAGACGUUGGAAAACCUAGUUUGGAAGAAGAGUAAAGAUACAGUUGAUGCUGAACUACAGCCAAGGAUGAAGCGGCGAGCAUCAGACAGAGGAGCUGGGGAAACAUCCACUAAGGCAAAAGCUCUUUGUACAGGGAUUUCUGGAAAUAAUGCCAAGAGAGCGGGCCCUUUUAUACUAGGUCCACGUUUAGGUAACUCCCCUGUGCCAAGUAUUGUUCAGUGUUUGGCAAGAAAGGAUGGGACAGAUGACUUCUAUCAGCUCAAGAUUCUAACCUUAGAAGAAAGGGGUGAUAAAGGAAUAGAAACCCAGGAGGAGCGACAGGGCAAGAUGCUGCUGCACACAGAGUAUUCUCUCCUUUCCCUGCUCCACAACCAGGAAGGAGUGGUUCAUCAUCACGGGCUCUUUCAGGACCGAGCCUGUGAAAUUAUAGAAGACCUAGAAGCCAACAGAAUGGUCAGAAAAAUGAAGAAGCGCAUUUGUCUUGUGUUAGACUGUCUCUGUGCUCAUGAUUUCAGUGACAAAACAGCAGAUCUGAUCAAUCUGCAGCAUUAUGUCAUUAAAGAGAAGAGACUCAGUGAGCGGGAGACGGUAGUGAUAUUUUAUGAUGUGGUACGAGUGGUAGAAGCAUUACAUAAGAAAAAUAUUGUGCACAGAGACUUGAAACUAGGAAACAUGGUGCUAAACAAAAGGACUCAUCGAAUAACCAUAACCAACUUCUGUCUCGGAAAGCACCUGGUGAGUGAAGAUGACCUGCUGAAAGACCAGCGAGGGAGCCCUGCCUACAUCAGCCCGGAUGUGCUUAGCGGACGGCCGUACCGUGGAAAACCCAGUGACAUGUGGGCGUUGGGUGUGGUGCUCUUCACCAUGCUCUAUGGCCAGUUCCCCUUCUACGACAGCAUACCUCAGGAGCUCUUCCGCAAAAUCAAGGCUGCCGAGUACACCAUCCCUGAGGACGGACGGGUCUCAGAAAACACUGUGUGCUUGAUCCGAAAACUGCUGGUCUUGGACCCGCAGCAGCGUCUGACAGCGUCUGAGGUGCUGGAUUCUCUCAGCUCCAUCAUAGCAUCAUGGCAGUCCAUGUCCUCGCUGAGUGGCCCUUUGCAAGUGGUGCCAGACAUCGAUGACCAAGUGGCUAACCCUGAAAACCCCCAAGAGGUGAAGGUCACGGAGGAGUGUUCGCAGUACGAGUUUGAGAACUACAUGAGGCAGCAGCUGCUCUUGGCUGAGGAGAAGAACACCUUGCAUGAGGCCAAGAGCUUUCUCCAGAAGCGGCAGUUUGGGAACAUCCCCCCCGUGCGACGCCUGGGCCACGACGAAAAAAUGAACCCUUUGGACGCAGCUAUCCUGGCCCAGAGGUACCUUCGGAAGUAGCUUCCCACACAUCCGAGAGCACAAGCACCAUCCUGCAGUCUGCCUUUCACGUCGCCUACUACAGCUCAACAGCAAUACCGGUGUCCCGUGAUGGAGAAUAAUGUAGCAAUUCUUCUGAGCUCUGUUCAGGGACACGCACUCACACUCGCUCUGGAGGGAGAAGACUUUUGAAAAAGCUAGUUUUGGAAGCAGCAACCUCUUGGCAUCUUCUGGAAUCUGUUUUUUAAAUCGAAGCCUAGAUGACUAAUCUGCUUUUAAUCAUGACUGUAAUCUACCUCUCUUGUCUUUUUAACCAUGCUGUUCUCUGGAUCGAGCAAAGCCUGUGGGAAAGGAGAAGACUACCAAGGGUGAAGCUGGUUUGCCGGCACAAGAGUCGUGGCUGUGCAGUACAGAGAGUUGGCUGUUUGCAUUCGCUCCAUAUGGUUUGAAUAAGCUUAGAUUUAUCGGGGUUUCUCGAAAGGAAGAAUUUCUUGAAACCUCCCACUUCCC